GCUCCCCGCCCUCCGCCGGCGGCAGCGGGCUCGCCCGAAGAGCGCGGGGCCCCGGUGCCGCCCCCUGGCGCGAUGAACGCCACCGCCGACGCCCUCGCUGCCAUCAUCGACUCGCACAAUGCGUCCCGAGGCGUGACGGGCGGACGCCGGGUUUCACUCGUGGCCAGGGUGCUGGACUUCCGGGUGGACGUCGACGAGGAGCUCCAGAGCUGGAUACUGUUCUUCGCGACGGUCUCGGCGCUGUGGCUGUUCUGCCUCCCGUUCUUCUGCGAGGGGCUCUCCUUCCAGUCUGCCCGGAGCUGCGCCGUGUGCAUGAAGCAGAACCUUCCCCUGUUCUUUUUCGUCGUCUGCCUGCUGGACGCCUGCGGGCUCGCGCUGCUCAUUGGCUGGCUGCCCGCGUGGACGGUGUCCGAGUAUUGA